GGUAGAAGCGGCAUUUGUGCUCCGAGCCAAUGUCGGCUCCCGGAGAGAAGACGCACGACCAGCCAUGGGGAAAUGAUGGGGACAACUCCAAGGACAGAUGGUGUUUGGUAAGUGCCGCAGAUGACGUCUUUUUAGCAGUCAUGUCCAUGGACUGGAGCGUGUCGUCUGCCUGCAUUGGUCAGCUAAAUUGCAAUGGAGACUACAAGUGCAGUUGGAUGGUAGAAACAGAACAGGCGCAGACGAGCCAACUCAAGCGCGCUAGCGCAUGCGCAUCCAGUCAUGGCCUCGCUCAAAAUGCAAACUGCAUUAGAGUACUUUCUUACUGCUGGUAGAGUCGCCGUGGAAAAUCAGCUGUUGUUGUUUGAUCAGAGGCCUUUGUGUGACAACAUGUGAAACUGGUCGUAAGCAGCUGGUUGGCAGAAAAGUAUUAGCUGCGGCAGCCUGCGGCAUCUUCCAUUCCAUGCAAACAACUACU